AUGAGAUUUUCAAAGACUCAUGCCGGCCUAUUCUUGCUUGCAUCAGUGCGUGAGGUCGCAGCAGUCUGCGACCUUCCCUCAACGUACAGUUGGUCAUCAACUAGUGCGCUAGCAAGUCCCAAGUCGGGAUGGGCGGCGCUCAAAGACUUUACCAGCGUGGUUUACAAUGGCCAGCAUCUCGUGUAUGCAUCGACCGCUGAUACAGCCGGCAACUAUGGCUCGAUGAGCUUUGGACUCUUUUCAGACUGGUCUGAUAUGGCGUCGACGACUCAAAACGCAAUGAGCAAUGGAGCUGUUGCGCCAACGCUGUUCUACUUCAGGCCGAAUGACACCUGGGUUCUAGCCUACCAAUGGGGAUCGACCACAUUCUCCUACCGUACAUCAAGUGAUCCCACUAACGCCAAUGGAUGGUCAUCCGAGCAGGCGCUUUUCUCUGGAAGCAUCUCUGACAGCAGUACCGGUUGUAUCGACCAGACUGUUAUUGGCGAUGAUGAAAAUAUGUACCUCUUCUUUGCGGGAGAUAAUGGCAAAAUUUAUCGGGCCGUUAUGUCGAUUGACGAUUUCCCAAGUGAUUUUGGCACAGACUCAGAGGUGGUCCUAAGUGACACUUCUAACAACCUGUUUGAAGCAGUCCAGGUGUACACUGUCAAGGACCAAAGCAGAUACCUCAUGAUUGUCGAGGCCAUUGGGUCGAAUGGGCGGUAUUUCCGCUCGUUCACGGCCGACAGUCUGGGCGGUUCGUGGGAAGCACAAGCGACAAGCGAGAGCCAACCCUUUGCUGGAAAGGCCAACAGUGGCGCCACUUGGACAAAUGAUAUCAGCCAUGGGGAUCUGAUUCGCAGCAAUUCUGAUCAAACAAUGACUAUCGAUCCAUGCAAUCUGCAAUUUCUUUACCAAGGAAGAAGCCCGAGCGCCAGCAGCGACUACGACACUCUACCUUAUAGGCCGGGUGUGCUAACACUGCUGCAGUAG